UUUAUAGAUGGUGAUUGGACUAGGAAAGCAGGGAGGGGUGGGGGCUGGAAGGAGUCAAAGAAAAAGCUGACCUAGUGCAACUAUGGCAACCCCAGCACUAGAGGCUUGAAGAGGGAGCCCGCUGAAAGAGAAUAUCCAGUUAUUGCAUGAUGGCAUUUGCACCUCCGAAGAAUAUAGAAUGUCCCAAAAUGCARAUAAAGAUGAGUACCUGGACACCCCUCAACCACCAGGUGUUGAAUAACCAGGUAUUUGAAGAAAGAAAAGCUCUGCUUGGAAAAUGGUUUGACAAAUGGACAGACUCUCAGCGGAGAAGAAUCCUCACAGGUCUGUUGGAACGCUGCUCGCUGUCACAACAAAAGUUCUGCUGUCGAAAGCUUCAGGAAAAAAUUCCAGCAGAAGCCCUGGACUUCACCACCAAGCUUCCUAGGGUGUUAUCCAUAUAUAUCUUUUCCUUCCUUGACCCCCGGAGCCUUUGUCGUUGUGCACAGGUGAGCUGGCACUGGAAGAACUUAGCUGAGUUGGACCAGCUCUGGAUGCUAAAAUGCUUACGGUUUAACUGGUACAUCAAUUUCUCUCCAACUCCCUUUGAGCAGGGGAUAUGGAAGAAGCACUAUAUUCUAAUGGUGAAAAAACUUCAUGUUACCAAGCCCAAGACACCUCCAAAAGAAACAUUUAUAAUUGCGGAUGUUCCGUCACUCUCAAGCAGUUCUCCAGAGCAGAAGCAGUGCCCUUCAUCAACCUUUCGUCCUUCCACCUCUUUAAGAAAGAAGAAUAACCUAGGGGAGAAAGAGCUGCCCCCUUGGAGGUCCUCUGAUAAGCAUCCAACUGAUAUCAUUCGGUUUAACUACCUGGACAACUGCAACCCCCUCCAGCCAGGGCAAGGAAGAAAGAAAAGAAAUGAAAUGAUCCCAGAAUUCAGCCGACAGUCACAGGAUAAGAAAAAUAAAUUGCAGGACAGAGCUAGGCCAAGAAAAGCACAUUUCCUGAUGUCCCUGAGUUCCAGCUCCCCUCUGAAAGUUCCAGCGUGGUCCCCUCAAGCGUCAGGGGGAUCCCCAGCCCUCGAAGCAGCAUCUAAGAUUCUCAUGCAGCACCUUCAGAGACACCCUGGGCUCCAGUCAUUCCUCAUCCAGGAUCAGAGCCACAGCUGA